CACUAACGGCUACGUCACUGCUGUUAUCGUUGUAAUCAACACAAAAAAAAACGAGAAAAAUAAACCAAACUAAACGCGCCGCAGACUGAUCAAAAGUUGGUAAUCGCUUAGUUUGUAAUCAGCGCCCGUCACUGCCAACAACAAAUGAGACCUCUGUGACCUCGGGCCAAAGGCAGGAGCAUUGCUACCAGCGAAAACAAAGGCCAAAACAAAGGCCCCAGCCGAAAAGCGGAACGUCAUUGGCAGGCAAUUAACCAGCAGAACGGAAGCGUAGGAGGUGGUGCUCUGCUUCCCUGGUGUCCGCCCCAUCCCCAUCACCAGCGGGCAGUAGAUGCUGGUUGGGCUCAGCGACCAGCUAGCGAGGAUCAUGGAGAGCGUCUUCGAGGCGUACCUAGGACCGGACAGCGUCCUGGCCAGCGCCGUUGGUCAGGCGGUGGGCAGCGGAGAGCCGGAGGACAUUCCGCGACGGAACACCGAUGUGUGGGUCCUGGGGAGGAAGUACAACGCCAUACAGGAACUCGAGCGCAUCCGACAGGACAUUCAGUCCCGCCUGUGGUGUACCUAUCGCCAUGGUUUCUCGCCUUUGGGAGAAGUCCAGCUCACCUCGGACAAGGGUUGGGGCUGCAUGCUCCGUUGCGGUCAGAUGGUGCUCGCCCAGGCUCUGAUCGACCUGCAUUUGGGUCGCGAUUGGUUCUGGACGCCGGAUUGCCGUGAUGCCACCUACCUCAAGAUCGUUAACCGUUUCGAAGACGUUAGGAAUAGCUAUUACUCCAUACAUCAGAUCGCCCUGAUGGGAGAAUCCCAGAACAAAGCAGUGGGCGAGUGGCUGGGACCGAAUACAGUGGCCCAGAUUCUCAAAAAACUAGUGCGCUUCGACGACUGGAGCUCACUGGCGGUACAUGUGGCCAUGGAUAGCACAGUAGUUCUGGAUGACGUGUACUCCUCAUGUCUUGAGGGAGGCGGCUCUUGGAAGCCCCUGCUGCUCGUCAUCCCCCUGCGCCUUGGCAUCACAGAUAUUAACCCGCUUUAUGUGCCUGCUUUAAAGCGCUGCCUUGAGCUAGAUAGCAGUUGUGGCAUGAUCGGCGGUCGGCCCAAUCAGGCUCUGUACUUCCUGGGCUAUGUGGACGAUGAGGUCCUCUACCUGGAUCCGCACACCACGCAAAGAACGGGCGUGGUGGGCCAGAAAACGGUGGCGGGGGAACAGGAUUACGACGAAACCUACCAUCAAAAGCAUGCUGCUCGCCUGAGCUUCUCCGCCAUGGAUCCCUCGCUGGCGGUUUGUUUCCUUUGCAAGACCAGUGACAGCUUUGAGUCCCUACUAACAAAGUUCAGGGAGGAGGUCCUCGGCCUCUGUUCGCCGGCUCUCUUCGAGAUUAGCCAAACGCGCGCCGUCGAUUGGGAUACAACGGAGGACAUCGACUGGCCCACCAUGCCGGAUAUUGAUUGGCCCGCGGGCACCUCGGAUUCGGACUCUUUUGCCAUAGUUGAGGAGAGCGGCAAAGACAGCGACGCCGGCUGCAGCGGCGCCAGUGGCAGCGGCAAAAAACCCAGUGAGAGCGCCGUCAUUUGAGAGGGGUCGCCGGUGGAGCGCCUGCGCCGCAUUAGAACAGAUGAAGCCCAGCCAGGCGAAACUGGAGCAGCCGAUGAGUAGGUGGAUGUGGCGUAGGACGAGGACGAGCCCCCCGUGCGGAUGCUGCAAAUGCAAUAAACUAAGGCUAAAGUGCAUAAUUAGACGAGUGGUUGAGAUUUAGAUUUUAGUAUGUUUACGAUUUGUACGAAUGCGAUUCUUAGCGAUUCAUAAUGCUGCUUUAUUGUACGCGAUUGACUCCACGGGAGACAAUUUGGCAAAAACACACACAUACGGAGUGUCACUUACAGACGGACACACUCGCUUUUUUGAUGAUCAAUUAAACAUUUUUAUGCAACGUUGUACAUUGAAGACUCGAUGAGAUCGAUCGCCUUAGCCAAGUGUGUAAUUAUAUGUUUAUAUUCAUAAUA